AUGCAGCGCAAUAGUCUAGUAAAUGUCAAGCUGAAUACAAACUCGCCAUUGAGAAAACCCACAACAAGACCGAACACGUCCAAGAUCAGUAAGCCAUGGAGAAUAUCCCAUUCUCCACAGCAGAGGAACCCUAACUCAAAGAUACCUUCACCCGUACGAGAAAAAUUGAAUAAAUUACCUGUCAACAACAAGAAGUUCUUAGAAAUAGAAAAUUCCAAAAUCCCAUCACCUAUAGGGAAAAUGACCUCCACCAAAGCGGCACAGGAGAACAAGAAGUUGCCUAAAUUCAAAUCAUUGUCGCUUGAUGACUUUGAACUAGGUAAAAAAUUGGGAAAAGGUAAAUUUGGUAAAGUUUACUGUGUUCGGCACAAGAGCACAGGAUACAUUUGUGCACUGAAAGUAAUGGAAAAGGAGGAAAUAAUAAGAUACAACCUGCAAAGACAAUUUAGAAGAGAGGUGGAAAUCCAAAUGUCAUUAAAUCACCCGAAUUUAACCAAAUCUUACGGUUACUUCCAUGAUGAGAAAAGGGUAUAUCUGUUGAUGGAGUACUUGGUUAACGGGGAAAUGUAUAAACUAUUGAGGUCACAUGGACCCUUCAACGAUAUCUUGGCAUCUGAUUAUAUCUAUCAAAUUGCCAAUGCCCUGGAUUACAUGCAUAAGAAAAAUAUCAUUCACAGAGACAUCAAGCCUGAGAAUAUACUAAUAGGAUUUAAUAAUACUAUUAAAUUGACGGACUUCGGAUGGAGUAUAAUAAAUCCUCCGGAAAGCAGAAGGAAAACGGUUUGCGGGACAAUUGACUAUCUUUCACCAGAAAUGAUCGAAUCAAGGGAGUAUGACCACACUAUAGAUGCAUGGGCCCUUGGAAUUCUGGCAUUUGAACUGCUAACCGGUGCCCCACCGUUUGAAGAAGAAAUGAAGGACACCACAUACAAGAGAAUAGCCGCUUUGGAUAUCAAGAUCCCUAGUAAUGUCUCCCAAGAUGCACAAGACCUGAUACUUAAGCUGCUAAAAUACGACCCCAAAGAUAGGAUGCGGCUGGAAGACGUAAAAAUGCAUCCUUGGAUAUUAAGAAACAAACCAUUUUGGGAAAACAAACGAUUAUGA